UCGUGAAAUCACUUCAACUUGGGCUAAUCUUCUAUUUGAACUCCGGUGAGUUUGUCCUGUAGUUUCUCACCUCGUCUGUCAGCGCUAGACGACGUUCCUACGGUGGUCAUGGUGGGACAAACUGAACGAGCCGUGAACCCUCCGUGAACCUUGGGCUGGAGCCAGCGUGUUGCCGUGUUAGCGUGUUGGAGGAGAACACGCAUCAUGAAUCAGACUGGGUAAGCAAAUCAAGCGCACCGUCUCUACAACCUGCAGUAAUCUGUGUAGGGGCCCAUACCUACGUGAUGUUCCUAAGGAGCUGCAGCCCUGCACACAUAUCAGGACACUUUACAGCUGAGGGGUGAAGGCAUACGACUAAGCCAGGUUUAGUGUGUGAACUCAACAGGACUGGGAGGAAAUGAGUCGAGGAUCCACAUCACACAGUUUCCAUGGUAGAGGAGGACAGGAAAUAAGAAUAUCAGCAGGCAUGUGUCACCUGCUCCAUGGGCAGAGAAGGAACAACUCCAAGGAGGUGAAACAGAAACCAAAAGGAGAACGAGGCUCUAAAAGGAUGUGAGAAGUGGAAAAGUUUCAGUCUGCGUCGGUGGGAGAAUCGGAAAUCACCUCGACGGUGUGAAGCUGCUGCUUUUUGACUUUUCUGCUAAAUGUGACGAGGAUGAAGAUGUCUGCUGCCGCCGUCGUUCUGCUGCUGCUCUGCUGCUUCUCCUCCUCAGACUCUAAGGAUGUUUGCGACCAAUACGCCGCCGUGGGGGACAGCGUCACCAUCCAGCUGAAAUACGAGUGGACAGACUCUGGAGUGAAUGGUUUGAAAUGGUGGAGAGACUAUGACAAUAUAAUUUAUAGGAGAGGCCAGAAGUUUAUCACACAGAAAACCGCUGAUAUUGAUCAGGGCAACGGAUCCCUGAAACUGACCAAUGUGAUGAAAGCAGACGAAGGCGGCUACACACCACAAGUUUACAAACCAGACGGAACGUCAGCCGUGACUUUGACGAGCAUCCGUUUAUGUGUGUUAGAACGCGUCCAGAAGCCGGAAGUGAAAUUCAUGUGUCAAGGCUCAAAGAAAGAAAACGUUGAGUUUACCUGCACUCCUGAUAAGAAAGACCUGGAUGUCAAAUUUCAAUGGCUUCAGAAAGAUAAGGUGGUGGCAACAAGCCGAACUCUGAAACGUGAAUCCGCAAAAGUUGAAAAUGAGGUAUUUACCUGUAACGUUUCCAACGAGGUCAGCUUCGCGAUCAGCGAGUCCAUAACUCAAAACUGCUCCAAAUCUGGAGGUAUUACAUUUCCUGAAAAAGUAUUCGGAAUUGAUAUCUGGAUCAUUGUCGGCGGAGGAGCUGGGAUCGUUUUGUUGCUGAUCAUCCUGGUUAUUAUUUGCUGCCUCCGGGCCAGACGGACGAAGAGAAUGCGACUGAAGGAUGAGGGGGAGUUUCGCUUGCAGUUCACGCGUCCUGAACAACAUCCACAGUAUAGCCAUCCUGCUGAUCGCCACCAGCACCACCAACACCAACAUCGUCACCACCAGCAGCAGCCGGCCGGCCACACCGGACCUCGACAGCAUCGCUCCAAGCAGCACCGCAACCAGCCUCUUCCCAAAACCCCGGACCAGGCCAACGGAGCCCCUCAGCCCAGCCCCAGGAGAUCCGCUCAGCCUCCCAAACCGGCUAACGACGAGCAGCCGCCUCCUCUUCCUCAGCCGAGGAAGAAAGCUCCCAAAAAAGUGUGAGUUCAGAGAGCAGACGGCAUCUUCUGGUUUCCGUUCCACCGAUGAAGCAGAACUCCACCGGGGAAGAUGCUCCUCUGUGGCCGUUAGACAUUCCGAUCGGAUCGAAAACAAUCUGAGCAAACUUUGUUAAGACGUUUAUAAUCCUAAAAGCUGAACUCAAACUAUAAAUCUUCACUUUUCUGAUGUUAGUGCUUCGUUCUGUUCUGUUCUGUUUAUCCGAGUCUCACAAGAGAUGAAAACAAACUAUGAGAAUGAUCAAACUUUUAAUCGUGUCAAACUGAGUUCCAAACUGAUGUUUUUUAAAUACUUUUUAUAUGUUUUAUAGGUUUAGAUUAUAUGUCAAAUAGCACAUAAAUGCGCUCCAGUGCAGGACAUGUAAUGUGUAUUUUACUCAGCUGUAAAUGUGUACAGUUACCUACAACUUCAUGUCACUGCUAGUUAUUCCAUAUUUGCGUGACAUUUUGGACAAAUGACUUCUUUUACUUUCUUGCCAGCCGUUAAAUGAGUAGAUUGGUGUCACUCUGAUCUCUGUGUAUAAAGCUAAAGCUUAGCAACUUAGCAUAGCUUAGCUUAGCGUAAAGCCUGCAAGAGUACAGCUAGAUUGGCUCAAUCAGAACCUCUGAAGCUCACAUAUGAGACAGAUGUGGUUUUUCAGAGUCAGUAUUGAUUAUUAGUAAUGGGAGCGAUCAAUAACCGAUAUUUGGAAGUGAUGUAACACAAACUCCACCUUAAAACUUUGUUGAAAAAAUGCUGGAUACAAGAUCAGGCGCUAAUUCAAAGACUAACAAAAGUGUACUGGAGUUAGUUUAAUUAUUGACCAAGUGAAAAGGUUUUUGUCACGUUUCCAUGGUAACCAGCGAGUUAAAGCAGGUUGAUUCCGGGUAAUUCAGACUUUAUGCUAGGCUAAGCUAACUGGCUAAUGGACACAGCUAAUGUACGAGUGUCACCAAUCUACUCAUCUGAAAUAUCGAUAAAAAAUUCAUCACGAUAAAAUGCUGCAUUUCAGGUUGAUAUUAAUAAUUAUUGAUCAUUUUUAUGAGUCUUUUUUUUAACAAAAAAGCACAUGAGAAAAAAAUUGAAUUAGAAUUUAACCACUUAAGCCUAAAUACAACUAUGACAAACACAAAUAAAUACAGAAAUAAAAUACAAAAAAACAACAAAAAAGGAUAAAGGGAUAUUCUGAUCUUGAGAUAUCUCAAAUAAAGCAGAGAUAAUCAAUGAAUUGCUGUUAAUAAUUUUGCUUUGUGAAAAUAUGCAUGUCAGUAAUAGGGCUGGACCCGAAUAUCCUGAAUAUGUCGAAUAUCCGAAUAUUAGUUCACUACGGCGGUAUCCGGAUAUUAAUUUUGGUAUCCGAAUAUUCGUGCCCCCCCCCGGUCAGAUGUUACCGGGCGGAAAAGAAUAUGCGGCGUUACUGUUGUCCCUCCACCUUCGGCCCACAUCGGCUCAUCUCGUCCUGUGAUCACAUAAACAUAUACACAUAUGUCUAUGUGAUCACCCCCUCCUCCCCCAGAUGAAAAUAUUCGGAGCUCGUCUCUUCCCUGCGCCUUCGGCCCACUUCGACUCAUCCCGCCAUGUUCUUCGGCUCAUUUCGGCUCCUCCAUUCGUGUUUGUAAACACCACCCGAAUGGCCGGGUUGCUGCAGACUCUGACGUCACGCUUCAUUUCGUUGCAUAAACACAAGACAAGAUGCUGAAGACCUCCGUGGUUUGGCAAUUCUUCAGUUUAACUGAAGACAAAACGAAGGCAAAAUUUGGACCCGGGAGACCAGAUGAACGGAUCCGAAUAUUCAGGCCGUCUCCACCACAAGCGCCGCCCCCCGUCGGACAUUAGCGUUAGCGUUAUCUGAAUAUUCGGAGGCUAGAAACCAUUAUUCGGGCCAGCCCUAGUCAGUAAAUGUAUAGUGUAAUGUCUUGUGUUGCUGCCUCGUAUUGUUUAGUACUGUAGAGACCAGAGAGGCGUCACUCAGACUACAGUUCAUGUUAAAGCAGAGAGCAUUGUGGGAGUUUAGCUAGCUACAGGCCAUAAUGACAAAGACUUCAGAGGAGGUUAAUGACCUCCAACCAGAGGUCAAACAUUAAAUUAAAGCCAGAGGAAAUUUCUGAGGCAAGAUACUGCUCAGUAAAAACUAGACAACAUGGGAAAUGCAGCCUAAAAAAUAUAUAAUAAAUACGCAACAAUAGUGAAAUAAAUAUUAACGCUCUGUCUGUGUCUUUCAUUAAUAAUGCUGCCGAUUAAAAAAAAAAGGGGAUGUUUAAAAUGUGCACUGAAGGUAAUUAAUGGCGCAUUUAAGUGAAAACUAUCAAACUACUUUAUUAGUUUUGAUGAAGCAUUUAUCGCAGAUCUGUGUCGUUUUAUCCUCAAAAUGCCAAACUAAUCAUUCAAACUGAUUUCUCAUGUAAACCAUUUCUUUGCUUUUGUUUUUGCUGCCUACAAACUAAGUUGCACAGCUGUAGCACUGAUACGAGUCACAUUUUCUUUGCUCCACAACGUGAUCUGAUUUGUGCAUUUGACCAAUUUUACACCCACAUUGUGUAGUAGUAGUGUUAACAUCUUUUUUUGCUGCAUCUGUUCUUUACCAAACAAACUACGUGUCAUUUUUCUUCUGUUUUGCUCAUUUUUCACCCAAAUGUAAACCCUCAACUGUAUGACAUUUAAUUUAACAAACAUUUACUGUGUCUGCGGUGAAGUCUUUCAAAAUAAACGCUGUCAAUUAUGA